GAUUGUGUUUAUGAACACAACAAUUGCCAUCUACGGUACUAUGGUAAUAGUGGAACGUAGUGCUCCUUUACUAAGUGUUUUGAUGGAUUCCAACAACGCUGUUCCUAUUAUCGUCUUAUUUUACGGGCUUACUAAUUCGUUUGAAAAACUUAUGUUUGAGGAACAGGAAUUUAAAAAUGCCGUGAAAACACUACAAUACUCAGCUACUGAAAAGCAGUCAGAAGAUUAUUUGAAUUUUCUGGAUCUAAUCAAUCUGAAACUAAUGACAGAAUCUCCUAAAAUCACCGCAUGUGGACUGUUCACCGUCAAUCUACAAGUGUUCUACAACGUGUUUGCGGCCAUUGUUACCUACAUUAUGAUACUAUUUCAGUUUAGAGAUUUUGAAAAAUCUUAAAUAAAAGAUGGUCUUCUUGAUAUAUCUGUACAGAUCUAAUUAGCCAUA